GGGGGAGCACAGAGUGGCUUCUGAACAUAAGCCAACCACACAGAAGGCAAAGCUAAGAGGUAGAGAACACCGAGUCCUGUAACAGCAUCGAGUGCCAGCAUGCAGCCUCACCUGGAGCCUGACCUACUACAAGGUCCAGCCGGCACCUUACACGUGCCAAGACCACAUUAAGAACCCAGGAUGCCUUGACAGCCUUCAUGUAAUGCUUGCCCUGGUCUGACUGCAAGUAGGAGAAACCCUAAGGUUCAUAAUAAAGGUGCUAAGGAAGAUAAUGUAAGACAGGAAAAUAAAUAUUUUUAUUGAGUCUCUUCAACAGGCCACGUAUAAGAGGUGUCUCAUACUCCCCGUUGCCAGUGGCUGGAACACAAUGGAUCACACAGGGGCAGUAGACACAGAGGAAGAGCUGGGGCCUCUAGCCCACCUUGCACCAAGUCCUCAAAGCGAGGCUGUGGCUCACGAAUUCCAGGAACUCUCUCUACAGUCCAGUCAGCACUUACCCCCUCUGAACGAACGGAAGAAUGUGCUCCAGCUGAGGCUGCAGCAGAGGAGGACGAGAGAACAGCUAGUGGACCAGGGCAUCAUGCCACCUUUGAAGAGUCCGGCAGCAUUCCAUGAGCAGAUAAAAAGCCUGGAGCGAGCCAGAACUGAAAACUUUCUGAAGCACAAGAUCCGGAGUCGCCCAGACCGCUCCGAGCUGGUCAGAAUGCAUAUUUUAGAAGAAACGUUUGCAGAGCCAUCGCUUCAGGCCACGCAGAUGAAGCUGAAGCGAGCUCGGCUGGCAGAUGACCUGAACGAGAAGAUUGCUCAGAGGCCUGGGCCCAUGGAGCUGGUGGAGAAGAACAUCCUUCCUGUGGACUCAAGCGUCAAGGAAGCCAUUAUAGGUGUGGUGAAGGAGGACUAUCCCCACACUCACGGAGAGUUCUCAUUUGAUGAAGAUAGCAGUGACGCUUUGUCUCCAGACCAGCCAGCAAGCCAGGAGUCUCAGGGCUCAGCAGCAUCCCCCAGUGAACCAAAAGUCAGUGCCUCGCCACCUCCUGUGACUGCAAACACGCCGGCCCAGUUUAGCUCAGUGUCCCCAGCAGUUCCUGAAUUCUUGAAAACCCCUCUAACUGCGGACCAGCCUCCCACGAGGUCUACAGCUCCCAUCCUCCCCACGAACACUGUGUCCUCAGCGAAGCCAGGCCCAACGCUGGUGAAGCAAAGCCAUCCCAAGAAUCCAAAUGACAAACACCGUAGCAAAAAAUGCAAAGAUCCGAAACCCCGAGUGAAGAAGUUGAAGUACCACCAGUACAUUCCACCAAACCAGAAAGGGGAGAAAAGUGAGCCACAGAUGGACUCCAACUACGCCCGCCUGCUCCAGCAGCAGCAGCUGUUCCUACAGCUGCAGAUCCUGAGCCAGCAGCAGCAGCAGCAGCAGCAACACUACAACUACCAGACCAUCCUGCCUGCACCCAUCAAAAAUGACAAGAACAGCAGCAGUAGCCCGACUGCACCUGCAAGGAGGCCAGGGCCUCUGCCUUCCAGCCUGGACGAUUUAAAGGUGUCAGAGCUGAAGACAGAACUCAAACUGAGGGGUCUGCCAGUGUCAGGAACUAAACCAGACCUCAUUGAACGCCUGAAACCCUACCAGGAAGUGACCAGUAGUGGCCUUGCUGCUGGCAGUAUUGUGGCAGUGUCCUCAGCAGCUAUUGUCACCAGUAGCCCAGAGGUGACAGUGGCACUGCCCGUCACAACACUACAUAACGCCGUGACUAGCUCUGUGUCCACUUUCAAGACAGACUUGCCACCUGCUGGAACCAGCAACGUGGCCCACGUUGAAAGUGCCCAUUCCCCUCUACCCAUCUCGCCGUCGCCCUCCGAGCAGUCCAGUCUCAGUACCGAUGACACGAACAUGACAGACACCUUCACCGAGAUCAUGAGCAUGAUGUCCCCUUCCCAGUUCCUGUGUGCCUCCCCACUGAGGGUGGCAGGCCAUGAGGACAGCCUGAGCCCCACCAGCAGCACCCUGUCAGCCCUAGAACUGGACGCUGCUGAAAAGGACCGAAAGCUUCAGGAGAAGGAGAAGCAGAUUGAAGAGCUGAAGAGGAAGCUGGAACAAGAGCAGAAGCUGGUAGAGGUCCUCAAGAUGCAGCUCGAGGUGGAGAAACGAGCACAGCGGCCCCCAGACCCUCAGCCCAGUGGCCCUGCGCAGCCCCUUGGUACAUCAGAUCAAACACAUGCCAGUGUCGGGUCCUCCAUCAAGGAUGAGGCCUCACUUCCCGACUGCUCCAGCCCACAGCAACCCAUCUCCACAGGUAGCCAGACCCUUAUUGCCAAAAAGGCUGUGGUCAUCAAGCAGGAGGUCCCCAUAGCCCAAGCAGAGCAGCAGAGUGUUGUCUCGCAGUUCUACGUGAGUUCCCAGGGACAGCCGCCUGCCCUUGUUGCUCAGCCCCAGGCCUUACUGACCACACAGACCACUCAGCUGCUGUUGCCAGUGUCCAUCCAGGGCUCCAGUGUCACUCCAGUGCAACUUCCAGUCGGCAGCCUCCAGCUCCAGACCCCAGUACCAGGAGGAGCCCCGGCUCAGCCUCAGGUAGCUGCUGCCACACAGGUUCCAGCGGCAGCCUUGGCCCCGGCACUGCCUCAGAAGCAGGAGGCCUUCCCGCAGCAUGUGCUGGGCCAGCCUCAACCAGUCAGAAAGGUCUUCACAAACUCUGCAGCAAACACGGUUCUUCAGUAUCAGGGGCCGCCUGGUCCAACGACCCAGCAGCCCUUUGUCAGUAAAAGCUCCAACCCUGUUCUUCAAUCUAGAAGCACCCCACUUGCACCCCUGCAAAACGGCCCUAGCCCAGCCAGCAAGCCGAGCUCACCCUCCCCACCGCAGCAGUUCGUUGUCCAGCACUCUUUGUUUGGGACCCCAGUCACCAAGACGAAAGACCCACCUCGCUAUGAGGAGGCCAUCAAGCAGACACGCAGCGCCCAGCCACCCCUUCCAGAGGUUUCCAACGUGCACAGUCAGCAGAUGGAUGACCUCUUUGACAUCCUCAUAAAGAGCGGAGAGAUUUCCUUCCCUGUAAAAGAAGAGCCUUCUCCAAUCUCCAGGAUGAGGCCAGUGACAGCCAGCAUCACUACGAUGCCAGUCAACACAGUGGUGUCUCGGCCACCGCCCCAGGUCCAAAUAGCACCACCUGUGUCCUUAGAACCUGUGAACAGUUUAUCUGCCAGCUUAGAGAACCAGCUAGAAGCUUUCUUGGAUGGAACUUUACCCUCGACCAAUGACGUUGCCCCACUGCAGAGCAGCAGCGAAGACAGAGAGCCUUUCUCUCUGAUAGAGGAUCUCCAGAAUGACUUGCUGAGUCACUCCAGCAUGCUGUACCACUCUCACUCUCCCAUGGAGACCUCUGAGGCCCAGUUUGUGGCAGCAACCCCCUGUCUGUCUCUCGACCUGUCAGACUCCAACCUGGACAAUAUGGAGUGGCUAGACAUCACCAUGCCCACCCCGUCCUCCGGGCUUGCUCCUCUAAGCACCACUGCGCCAAGCAUGUUCUCUGCUGACUUUCUGGACCCGCAGGACCUGCCACUCCCAUGGGACUAAGGUCACAGGUCACUUGUCUCAGAGUCGUGAGGUUUCAAAACAUGAAAACAAGAGUCAGUGCUUAGAGCUGUAGCCAGAGCUGCACUGCUGCGAUUAACAUAUGUUGUCACAGAAAAACAGACGGUCAUGGCCUGGAAGCCAAGUGUGAGGGACUCCACAGCUUACAGAGGCAGGCCUGUCGCAUGCCAGAGGCCUUGUGAAAUGCCUUAGAUAAAGCCAAAGGUCGGUGCCAUCCACAGGAAGUGGCACUAGAGCUCUGGUCAUCAGCUACCUUUCAACCUCUGUGGUCACCUCACGGCCCCAAUAAGAGGCAAGCAGCUCCACUUGAAACACAACGCCACCACGAGGGAGGGGGAGGGAGGGGAGAAGGCACUGCACAUGUGCCCCCUCGAGUGGCCUGACCCAGGUCUGUAGCACAGUCAGAGGCAUUUGAGCAUGCUGUGCAACCAGCAGCUGCAGCUUCCAGCCAGAGGCUCUGGGUUCCACUCUGAAAUCCAUGUGGCUGUGUGAUGCCAUAGGUCAUUUGGUGAGUUUGGGAAUCACCGUAAGUGGAUGUCUGCAAAAUACUGUCACACAAAGCCCCGUGCACAGAUGUGUUGGUAGUGCUGCAGCUCUCGGUGGCCCCAGGUGGAUGAGGUUAGUUCUCAUGUGAUGGUAGACAUUGGAAUGUGCUCUGACCUUGUGACCUCUACAGCCUGCAACAGAGUAAAAAGAUGGCCGUCUACUGGUCCUACUUGUUGUAAUAACUCAGAUAUCUAUCUCUAGAGUACCUGAGCCACAGUAUCUCCAUCUUGGAAGACUUGCCGACAGACUCUCAGGUGGCCACACCCAUCUCAAAGAACCAAAACAGGCUUCAGCAUGAAAUUCCUUUUUGAACUAAUGAGUUAGAAGAAGGGAAGGUGUGGAGUGUCUGUCAGACUUUAGCACAGGCUGGACCAUCCCCUGUCACUAGAUCCCUGGUUCUCAUUGCAUAGGCUUGUAAUCAGAUGCCCUGCCUGCUCUCGGUGUGUCCUCGAGCCUAAGCCUAAAAACUGGAGGUUUUAUUCCUUUUUUCUCUUGAUCUAUAAAGGAAAAGUUAUGUUUGUCAAGUGAUUUAAGAAUAUUCUAAGAUGCCAACUGCCACAAGA